UAGACAUAACCUGAAUAUCGUGUACUUAAAUGAGCGCCAUAUUUCUUUCUUUGUAAGAAAAGUUCCCCAAUCCGUAACAAACAUGUCAGAUAUUGAGAAUGACAAUCUAUCCUCUGCAAUGUCAGCAGGAGGUGUGAUGGAUGUAAACACAGCCCUUCAAGAAGUUCUUAAAAGUGCACUUAUUCAUGAUGGUGUUGUGCAUGGUCUUCAUGAAGCUGCUAAAGCAUUAGACAAGAGACAAGCCAUGCUAUGCAUUUUAGCUGAAAACUGUGAUGAACCUAUGUACAAGAAACUUGUGCAAGCAUUGUGUAAUGAACAUCAGAUUCCUUUAAUCAAGGUAGACAAUAAUAAAAAGUUAGGUGAAUGGUCAGGUCUCUGUAAAAUUGACAGUGCUGGUAAAGCUCGAAAAGUUGUUGGAUGCUCUUGUGUUGUUAUAAAGGAUUUUGGGGAAGAUACUCCUGCAAAAGACGUUGUAAUGGAGUAUGUUAAGCAAAGUUCUGUACACUGAGAUUUUUUAAUAAAAUACU